CCUAUCCUUACACUUUCAUUACCGCUCAUUGUGCCUGCUACCUCGAUGUGUGUGUGUGUGUGUGUGUGUGUGUGUGUGUGUGUGUGUGUGUGUGUGUGUGUGUGUGUGUGUGUGUGUGUGUGUGUGUGUGUGUGUGUGUGUGUGUUGGUAAUGUUCAGACCAUGCAGAUGUUUCUGCUGUGUGAAUUCCUGAAAGAAGCAGUGAAUAAAAUAUCUGGAUGGAUUGACGUGCCGCUCUCCUCCUCCUCCACUCUUUCCCUCCUGCUCUCCCUCCCUACCUUGUGUCCUGAGGCUCCUGUCACAGAGAUACAGCUGGUUGGCAUCUGUAAUUAUUAAGGUGCAGUAAAGCCUAACACUAAACUCCCUACAGGCAUUUUUUUUAAUGCAAAGGAAUUCAAAUGGAAACAGAUUAAAUAGCAUGCAGAGCAUCAAGGAUGCCUCUAAAAGCUUUCUAAUGCCUGAUUUAGUGCAUAAAAUCUUCCUACGGAUUUGUCCAAUUACUCCUCUAAACAACCCUGAUGCCUGUUGCUAGGCUACCAACAGGUACACUAACCAUGGACUUGUCGGGAUGAAGGUGCUUUUGAGUACAGAUGAUUUCUGGACUGCUGGCUUUGGAGUGAAACUGUCGUGUGCAGCAUGCUGUCACCUUCCUCUAACCCUUCAUCAGCCCAGCAGAUGCAGACGGCCAGAUGGAGACGCAUGAAUUCACACAUAAUUUCAUGUGAAAGCACGCUGAUUUUAAAUAGGGUCUUGACAAAGUCUUGUUUGACGGGGCAGGGGUACUUUUCAACACAGCAUAAGCCAAAAUAUCAUGAGGGUUGUGAAGAAGCAAUCCCAAAGUUUUCCCCUCAAGGCAUGCUGAAGUUAAAUCUGGAAAAUGGGAUUAUGACUCCUACCGUACAAUGGAAAAUUAAAACAGUGAGCAAUUCAGUGGCGAUGUUGCUAAAUGUGUGUUACACUGGCCUACAAGGCAUCCGGGAGAUGAGGCGUCCACAUCAACUCCUCCUCCUACAGUUUGGAUUCCUAUCCUGGAGUCAUGGAGGGGCAGGGCGCAUGGCACACCUCCCCAGGGCGCUGGCUGAUGUCCCGUGACAGAUUGAGGCUGUGUUCACCGUCUAAUUGUGUGUCUCUGUGUGUAAUUUAAGGGUUUUGUGUGUAUCAGAAUGAUGGCAGGAAAACUGUUGGGAAAACGUCCACCGCAGCUCUGUUUGUCCGCGUAAUUACCAGAAAAGUCUAAAGUAAAUAAGUCACGAAAACCGUCAGUGCUUUGUAACUCAUCGCCCAUCUGCGUGCACGGAUAUUGUUUUCUCCAAGUUAUCAAAUAGCUUUUUAAUUGCCUCUUUUUUCUAACAGAAACCUCGUCUACUCAGUCUUUGUUCAGUCACUGAAUCUGUUGAUGAGUUCGGCAGAAAAUACGAGAAAACGUGGCUUUAGAAGAAAUAACAUUCUUGAUUCUCAACGGUUGAGUCAAGGUUGAAAAGCACUCACCACGAUCAUCCAUGCACGCAAUAAUCAAAUCGUUUCUGGAACCUUUUUGCUCUAUCAGUGUUUUAGUGACAGGGACAUUUGAUUUAAAUUAACAUUCAGACUGGCUGAGUGGCAAAGGUUCACUCAGCACUUUGUGCACUUAAUUAUGAUGUUCAAUAUUAUUAGUUAUUCUUUUUUACACUAAAACACAUAAAUAUGGCUUUUAAAGGUCUAGUUUUUAAAGCAAUUGAAAGUAAAAAUUUCAUCCUAAAAAUAAAAUGUUUACAUCUUAAAAAACAAAAGACUUAAACUGCUCAAUACCAAAUUAUAGCAUGCUUUAUAUUAUAUUAUGAAUAUGUUAUUGCCUGGGAAAUUCCUUUAAACCAUUUUCUCUGAGUGUGUGUGUGUGUGUGUGUGUGUGCAUGUGUGUGAAUGCGUACAACAAUAAGACGUACUGUGUGAAUGCUAAGGAGCCGUGACCGUGACCUCUUUAAUGAGAAGCCAUGUGCUGGUAUGUGUGUGAAAAUGCUGCCUUGAUUUGGCAAAUUGAAUCAAUCAGGUUAGAUGCCAGGGGGUGGUCAGACCAACUUUCACAUGCAAGCUGAAUGGAAAAUGGUAUUUCCUGCAUUAGCUGCUGAUAGAAAAUAGAUGGAGAAACGCUCAGAUUAGAUAAACCAAUCAAAUCUACAUCACACUGAAAAUAAUUUGCAUUUAUCGCCUCACCCAUUUUGGCUUUUGAUGGAGAAGGCUGUUAGUUUAGUGUUCAGGAAACAGCAGAGCACGACUCUGCUAGUAGAAGCUAACCAUUAGCAUUAGCAACUCCACAUUAUGGAAAACUCCUUCAGACUUGUGUUAGGGUUAGUUAGGGUUAGGGUGGAGAUAAAACUUCAAUAUGCCGGUGAAGGUUCUCAGUCAUCCAGGUCAUGGUGAUCCAAAAGGGUUCAAAUGAAGGCAACUGGACUUCUUUUGUUUCUUGAAGAUGUUUUGCUUCUCAUCUGAGGAGCUUUAUCUAUUCUGACUGGAAUACGGGAGAGUCAGUCUUGAGUGCACUUCAUUUGAGGGUUGAGUUUUCCAACGCACAUGUAAACUAGGAUAAAGUCUCCUGGUUUAAUGGCGUAGAUUGACCUAGAUCAACUUGGAUGCACAUGAAAACACACUGAGUGGUAGAGUCGCGUUGCUGUUAACAAAUCAGAGGUGACAUGUCUGAAUAUCAGGGGCUCCAAAUCUUGCCAUCUUCUGCUCGCCUCUCCCCUGGAUAAUGUUUAGUUCCUGAAAAUGAGCACCAGACACACAAAGGCAGUCACAUUCAUUAGUGCUAUAGUACUGCUACUACUACGAUACUAGCAAAUGUAUUUAAAAAAAAAAACAAGUAAACUAGCCUGCCUGUGAGUGUGUGUUUCACACAUGAUCAACAUCAGCAAGAAGCACUGUGGACAUUUUACUGACCACAAUCUGAAUGGAUGAAAAGCAGGAAGGCCACACAACAAACAAACAGCUAAAGUGUUCUCCGGUCCUCUUCUGCAGCUAUGCUCAUGUCAUCUGAUAAACCACAAAUAUUAGAGUUUGGUGUUCAUUUGCUUUUUUAGCUUCUGUAAUAAAGAAAUAAAAUCUGAGUCAUAUUAUUGUUCCUGUGUCCAAGACAAGCCAGGAUCCCCAACUCUUACCACACGGACUCAUAAAAAGUGAUUCAUUACCAUCUUUGUACAGAUAGACGUUUAACUCUUAUACAGAGUUUAGAUUAUACUAUUGAGUGUGCCAUUAUGAUUUUAUAAAUACUACAAUUAUAAUAUUGGUAACUUCACAACCUCAGCAUAGAAAUAAAUAGGUGGGGACCCCCUGCAGCCUUGUGGGGACCCUCGUGGUGGGUGACAGACCCCAGAUUGGGAACCACUGAUACUUUUUCAAUAAUAGUAUCAACAACAAUAAGUGAAAAGUGUUUCUUCUUCCUUAUUUUUCGGCUAUUUGCACAACUGAAUUUUGUCUGUUUCUAAUUCAAAAUUGUGUCCAGUUUUAUUCAUAUUUGUUUUGACGUUGGGUCUCAGAAAGGUUUGCGGCAUGGACGAUGAAAUUAGAGAACAUUCAGAAACGACGUCCACGGAAUUAAGUAUGAAUUUCCUCUAACCUAACAUGCACCAAUAACCACUUCUAUUGUGCUCGACAGGCUGAGUAGGUGCUUGUGCUGCUACUUGGUUUAGUUUUGGCGUAUGGACAUUUUUCUAUAGAAGUCUUGUGGUUUGUUCAGACGUAGUUUUACAAAAUCCUCAGCAGUGCUGAUAAGCGCUUCUCAGAGAGGAGAGUUUUAUCCUGACAGCCGGUUCACACCAGUUAAAUGUCUUCUGUUCUCUUAAAAACUUUACUUUAACCUGCAAACUGAGAUUGAGGGCUUGUUUUUUACAUUAAGUGUUUCGUUUUGAGUAUAAUCCAACUGUAAAACAAUUGUUAGAGGGGGAAAUAAAUCCCUUAGAUGUUCCAUUAUUGAUGAACACAAACAUUUUUGUCUCUGAUCAUUGCUGAUCAACGCUUCUGCUUUUAAAGAGGAGCUCAUAUAUCAAUACUCAGCUGAUCAAACUCAUUUAAGUAGCAGUCUGGUGGCUACUUACCUUUAUGUGUACAAACAAUGGUUAUUUAUCCAGUACAGCACGUCUGCAUGUAGUUUAGUGGUAGUUUAUUUAGGGUCUGAUAUUUUUCUUUUAAAUUCUAUGACAUGAAAUCAUUAGAAAUGGGAUGUUCAGUUUUUCAUAUGAAAAUAAUUUACUUUUUAUUCUCUACACAACAUUUCCCUCAGGUAGAAUGCACCCAUGGGACAAGAGAGGCCUGCAAACAGAAAAAGUAUAGUUAACUCGUUCAUUGCCAGCCAUUUCCUGAUCGCUAACGGCCUUCGCUGUCAGCGUUUCUCACUGUUUUUACUGUUUUUUAAGAGUCACAGAACGUUGCACGCUAGCAUGAUGUCGACGCCAAAACAACCAAAACAACCAAAACAAAGCGGAGACUCACCUCUUACAUCAGGAAGAAUCCGUGUGUUUCGAGCGUUAUCCGUUCUUUCAUAAUCCGUAGUUGAAUUGUGAUCGGCAGACGCUUUUCCGGUUCGCGUCUCACUUUUUUUGCAGGAACGGCCCAAAACGAUCUCCUAACACAUGGAUGUGUUGCUUCCUGAUCACAUGACAUGUGACGUAUACGGAUGAAGAUCGGCUUCAGGGCUGAGAUGUUUGUUCUCAGCGCGGGGGCUCGUUCUGAUGCUCAAACAGUAAAAAAAUGCCAAUGACGACUUUAGUCGUCAUUGGCAGUGAACGGUUGGAUCUAAAAUGACGACUUUACUUGUCAAUGGCAUUGUUGAGAAGCAACAUGUCUUUACACCAAAGAGUGUUCAUUCAAGAAUGUAAUUUGUUAUGUAACAUGAAUUUGUUUGUUACCCUCAGGAGGUGUCCUCUGUGGCAGCCAUUUUGAAGCAGCUAAAGAGGAAGCCCGCCUCUAUUGCUGCCUUUAUAUAGGAAAUGCCUGAGUGGACUGAUGUGAUUGGCCGACCUGAAUUGGAGGGGGGGGGUCGGAGAGUAUAUAGGUGGACUGCUGGGUGUGGCAAAGGGUCGUUUUUCCUCUCUGAAAGUGACAGAGACUGCUAAGAGAGUUGGAUGGGUGGCCAUUUUGAAUAGUGCUGGGAUUUUCUGAUGUUGGUUUUUUUUUUCGGACCAGAGGAAAUAAAAUUGGUUUUCCUUGUCUAUCGACCGAGUCAUCAUGUUUCUUUUGUCCUCACUACACUUCACUGUGUAACAGUGGUGUCAGAAGUGGGAUAAGAAAUGAGAGGACGUGGAAGAACCCGUGGGACAAAGAAAAGCCCUCUUGAUGACAUGGAAGAAACAGAAGGUCGAACAAUGGAGAUAGAUACACCAAGGAGCCACAGGUGGCGAAGAGGAUUUUGAACCAGUGGUACAGCCUGAGCAGACUACAGUUGGUACUGUGAGUAAAGAACUUUCUGAACUUGACAUAUUUGAAGAAAUGAGAGAGUUUAUACGGCGUUCAAAGCGAACUGAAGCCGUACUGUUUGAGCAGAUUAAACAGUUGAGCAGUACCAUACCAAAGCUGCAGCAUGAGUUAUAUUCUGAACUUUCUGAGCCUUAUGUCCAGACUGAAACGUCUACAACAGCUGCUUUUCCAAAGCAAGAGGUCCAAAUGCCUCAGGCGUCAGGAGAGCCCCCUCAAGGACACCCAGCUGAUCCUCAUUCACCUUUACGACUGCUUGCACCACCUCAGCUGCAGCUGGCACAAAGCGUUCCAGCACAAAGGGUUGGCAGGAUCCAUGGAGGUGAACCUAGAAUACCUGACUUCAAAGAAGGUGAGGAUCCUGAGAGCUUCUUUGUACGAUUUGAGCGCAUGGCUAAGACAUGGGGAUGGCUACCAGCUGAGUGGGCUGCUAGAGUGGUCACAUUGUUGACUGGAAAAGCUCUUGAGGCUUAUGCUGGUAUGGAUGAAGAUCAGUCUGACUCAUAUGAUGCUAUUAAAGCUGCUGUGUUGUCUAAGUUCAACGUGACAGAAGAGACUUACAGGUACCGGUUCCAAGCACCAGUGUACCCGUGGGAGAGACUGUACGGGAAACCUACAAUCGCAUAAAGGGACUCUACAAGCGAUGGAUGCGGCCGGACAGUCGGAGUAAGGAGGAGAUUGGAGAAACAAUCAUCUUGGAGCAGUAUCUGCAUGUGCUUCAGCCAGACGUCCGCACCUGGGUGAAGGAGAACAAUCCCAGGACAGGAGAGGAAGCAGCAAAUCUGGCUGAACGUUACCUAGCUGCUCACCGGGAACCAGCAAGGUCAAGGACUGCUGUGGGACGACCAAGGUUUGGGGAGGUAACACCUCCAGUUACACCUGGUUUUGAAAGCUUGGACAUUAAAGGUGGUAAAAAGCCACUUUAUUCCAGUUCGAAGUUUAACCUAAUUUGUUAUCACUGUCAGCAGCCUGGUCACAAAGCUUCUUUGUGUCCACUAAGAAAACCUAAAAUGGUAGAGCUAUGUGUGGUACCUGCCAAAGAACAUGGUCAGGAACUGUCUGAUAGUUUGAUUCCACAUAAGCAUGUGGUGGAGGUAAAAGUAAAUGGCAGAGCAUUAAAGGCUCUAGCAGACACUGGUAGUUCACAAACUUUGGUAAAAUCUUCUAUGUUGAACAAUGUACUGCCUGACUUUAACAGACCUGUAAACAUUACCUGUGUUCAUGGAUGUCAGAAAGAUUAUCCAACUGCAGAUGUUACCAUAGAAGUAGAGGGCCAAGCCUUUAUGACAAGAAGCAAGUGAGGUCAUUUUUGGGUUUGGUUGGGUGGUAUAGGAGAUUUAUUCCACAUUUCUCAACUUUGGCAGCCCCAUUAACAGAGCUGACAAAAAAGUCCAACUCCAAAGUCAGAUGGAAUGAUGACUGUGAACUUGCUUUUCAGUCCUUAAAGAAGCGGAUAUGUCAAGCUCCUGUUUUGCAAAGUCCUGACUUUUCCAAGCCCUUUGUUGUACAGGUGGACGCUUCAAAUGUUGGCCUUGGAGCGGUACUGGCUCAGGGAAGAGCUGGUGAGGAAAAACCUGUUCUGUUCCUGAGUAAGAAGCUGUUUGAUCGAGAGAAAAGUUACUCCACAGUAGAAAAGGAGGGACUAGCAAUAAAGUGGGCUGUGGACUCUUUAAAAUACUACUUACUUGGAAGAGAGUUUAUUCUGCAAACUGAUCACAGACCAUUGUUGUGGAUGCAGUCCAAACAACACCAGAAUGCCAGAAUAAUGCGUUGGUGCCUGGCCCUCCAGCCAUAUCAGUUUACCAUACAGCAUUGUCCAGGUAAGAAAAACCUUAUUGCUGACUACCUUUCUCGUUUGCCUGAGAUGUGUUAACCAAAAAGGGGGGGAAGUGAGUAAAUGUUGAGAAGCAACAUGUCUUUACACCAAAGAGUGUUCAUUCAAGAAUGUAAUUUGUUAUGUAACAUGAAUUUGUUUGUUACCCUCAGGAGGUGUCCUCUGUGGCAGCCAUUUUGAAGCAGCUAAAGAGGAAGCCCGCCUCUAUUGCUGCCUUUAUAUAGGAAAUGCCUGAGUGGACUGAUGUGAUUGGCCGACCUGAAUUGGAGGGGGGGUCGGAGAGUAUAUAGGUGGACUGCUGGGUGUGGCAAAGGGUCGUUUUUCCUCUCUGAAAGUGACAGAGACUGCUAAGUGAGUUGGAUGGGUGGCCAUUUUGAAUAGUGCUGGGAUUUUCUGAUGUUUUUUUUUUUCGGACCAGAGGAAAUAAAAUUGGUUUUCCUUGUCUAUCGACCAAGUUAUCAUGUUUCUUUUGUCCUCACUACACUUCACUGUGUAACAGGCAGUAAAUGAGUUAAUAAAAUUAUACAUUAUAUUUGUUAAAUCUUCCACCCAUUCCUCCAUUUUUGUAGUUUGAUAGAGAGAAUCUAACUGUCGUGUUCUGUGUCCCUUUGGUCCCCAGCCCCUUCCUGGUUUUCUUCAUGUUCCCCCUAGUCGCUUCAUUUGUUUUUAGUUUUCUAUAUGGUCAGAUUAUUCGUAUCUCCUGUAGUGUGUUGUGUUUCCUUCCCUAUUUAGGUCAUUAGUUUACUUAUCUUUGUUCUCCUGUGUCUUAGUUCUACAGUGUUUAGGUUUGUUUUAGUUUAGUAGCUUUGUUUUACAGGAUUUAGAUCUGGUGUUCUCCCCUGCCUGUUUCUGCUCCUCCUCUCAGUUUAUUUAGUCUCGCCUGAGCCCAAUUCCCCUAAUCACCCAGCCCCUGUGUAUAUAACCAUGUCUUGUCUCUUAGUGUUUUGUUGGUCCAUUGUCUUUGUCAGCGUUGUUCUAGUUGCCUCCCAUGCUUUUGAGUUUUUUAGUAACUCCUCCAAAAGUAAAAGAUUCUUAUUUUUGCAACCGCUCCUGCCUGUGUAGUUCUGGGCUCUUGCAUUUUGGGUCCAAGCCUCCUUCCUCUUCGUGACACUAGCAUUGCAGAAACUGUAGUUGCAUAUCCAGCUGUACAUUUUCAAUAUAGAAUCUGACCCUUUAUUAAAAAGACGUCAUCAGGGAGCGAUAGGUGGCACCGUGACACAUAACGUAAACAUAAGCAGAAAAUCUGAUGCUAACGCUGUCAAAAAAGUGACCAAGAGCCCAUACACGUCAUUUUAGCAUUACAUGAUGCUUACUAGUGAUGUGAAGUUCACAAAUGAAUCAACUCUUUUGAAUGGGUUUUCAAAGUGAACGAUUCCUUGUAGAGAACCGUCAUUCACCUUGUCUUCCAAUAACACCCCCAGCCCCCAUGGUUCUCACAUACAUCAACAAAAUGCUACCCUCUCCCUCCGCGAUGUCCAGGACAUCGGAGGGACAUGUUGCUUCCUUAACCCCACCAUGCUCUCACGGACACGCUUUCUUCAAACGACUGGCUCUUCUGAACGGCCCUGUGAGGUAAAUGGCUCCCUUCACAGAGCCAUAGUUCCAUCGCAAUGCUUACUGCGUUGCUGCUGCAAUUGUCAUCCCCUCAAUAAGACCAAGCCUUUCCGUGAGCCCUACUGGUGGAGGUUGCUAAAACACUUGUCCUUAAAGUGCUCCGCGCAAACCAGAAGUACUUUCUGCACAGAUGCAGGUAGAUUACCGUGAAAAAUAAAACCUAACCAGGCACUUUGCACACGUUCUGAUGGGGUGGCUGUAAAGAAUUGUGUGAAUUAGUCCAUUAAACAACCGAACAUUUAGACUUCUCUUGUGACUUCAGUUUUCUUCACAUUGAACUACAAAAUUGCAGCGAGAAAUAAAAAUGUCAGACUUGCUCAAUGUUUAGCCAGAAGUCAGUGACCUCUGUUGGCAGUUCUGAUGGACUUACGAUGGCGUAAUAGACUGAAAAACACAACAGAGAACAGAGAAAACAGAACAGAUAAAACAUAGGACCACAUCAGUUUACUAAAAAUGAGUUUCACUGUCAGAAAAUCCAAAAGGAAUAAAGGAACAGUUCUCGUAUAAAUGCCCAUUUGCCAUGAGUCAUACUUCACUUAUCGUUGUUUUAUUUUAUUUUUUACAGCACAUACAAGCCUUUAGUAAGUUAAUUUCUUGUCUUACAGAAGUCCUAGGUCCUUUUAGAGUUUGAAAUCAUGCAAACGUUUUACAAAUUAGCAACAAAACUGCAUCUUCAAAAGCAAAAAGUGAUAUUAGAGUUAACCUUUUAACCGUAACGCUGCAAUCCCUGGACCAGUGUGCUCACUGAUCACAGAUUAUCUAAGAAAAACACAUUAAACUCUGAGUGAGCGCACUCCUCCCAGGACCAGUGAUCCAUGUGAGUGCUCGAAGGGGAGGAGGCUGUUCCAGCCACCUCAGCCCUCCUUUGCUCCCUCAAAGCCUCUGAAAAUACUCACGGAGCCAAAGAGAAAAUACCUCACAGCUGUUCUUUCUGCUGCUAAAACAUUCCUGCGAUACUUUUCUUCACCGAGGCCGAGACCCUACAUCUGAAUCCUGGGGUUUUGUUCAUUUUGACUCUAAAGAAACACUCUUUGGAUUGCCCAGAACUCCGUUGGGACAAUGAAAAGGAGAUGAGAAGAGCACAUGAAGAUGUGUGCGUGUGUGUGUGUGUGUGUGUGUGUGUGUGUGGGGGGGGGUAUCACGUAUGCUGGUGAGAAUGCCAGUGUCACGACCCGAGAGGAGAAGGCAAAAAGAUCAGUCUCUGGAGCUCUUAUCUCGCUCUCCAUCUGAAGAAGAUUUAGUGACACGAGGAGCACAGAGGGAGAGAAAACACUUCAGGCCCACUCCAAAUGUGGAACAAAAAGCUCUUCUCUUGUUUUUUGGCUGGGCAGACAGGCCCACAGCAUGAAUAAUUAACAGGGGACAAACAAUAACUAUCAGCUGCCAAAUGUGAAAGUUUCUUCUUAUCUGAUGGUGGAACCACCACCCUCACACAGAAAAUACAACUGUGUGUCAAAGGUUUCCAUCUGGAAGCUGUCACUGCCGCCGCUGCACCGAUUCUCACUUUCUCCCAUUUAUAGGAAGUUAUUUACUUUCCCUGAGAAAAUGAGGCUCGUUGUAUACAUGAUAUUAGUUAUUAGUGCUAUGGUGGGCUUUCUUUCAACAGCACAACAUAUGUGGCUUUUUUAUCAUCAUAUAUAUUUUAUAAGCUAAUGUGUUUGGACAACUGAUGAGUCAUUUUGAUGCCAAUAAUGGGAAAAAAACACAUCUGUGUUUUUCCCCUAAUUUUAUACAUUUUAAUUUAGAAAGAGGUGAAAACAUCCUUUCUGAUGUUCAGGAUCUGUUUAUUUGUGCUGAGGGUGAUGCACUCUUGCACCUCUUCACUGAACAGGAUGCAAAUGUUUUAAAGUGUAUCCGAUGGAGGGGAAGGAACAUCUUGAGCUCAGUGGGGUUUAUCAGAGUGAAAUGUUUAUUCUUUUGCACAGCAAGAAUAUAAAUGGGAAAACAUGUAUACCUACACAACUUGGUAAAAAUAAACAUUUCAUGUGUCUGUUUUACUCACUCUAUUAAUUUAGAUUUGUUUUCCACAUUUGUGUUAUUUUUGCAUUUUUAUAAUCUGAGUCAGCCUUUCGUUGUAACAUCUCUAUAUGUGAUCUGGUUCAUUAAUGAGCUUUUUGAUGUGGACUGGGACGGAUGAUGCUGGUGUCCUGAUACACGGCAGAUAAAACGCCUGCACUAAUCCCUCAGCACUAUCACACAUUACUUUAUUGGUGCAUGCCUUCAUCUUCAAAGGAACUCUUUUCUCUCAAGAAAUCACUUUAAUCAUUUUUUUUGUUGCAUGAAAUAAUCAUCACAACAGUUUUAAUUGAAUUAACCGAAGGCCUCGUCUGCAUUAAUAAUUUUUCAAGCUGAUUUCAGGAACUAAUACCCACCUUUGUUGAGCUAAUUACCAGAAAAAUUACACACAAAAUGAAACAAAGAACAAUGGCUAAAGUUCUUAGAAUAAUGUUCAAGAUCUUCUUAUUUAUUUGAUAAAGUUCUAAAUUUCCUGUGUUUUAUUAACAUUUUCAUAUAUAAUGACAGAUUAAAGAUGACCAAAUUAGAAUGAAGUCAGAUGGAUGCAGAAAACAGGAAAAUGACUCUAGUGUUGCUUUGGUUCCCUUCUUCACAAAGCAGCAGUCAUGAGCAAAAUAGAUUACAGUGCUUUCUCCAAAACCUGAAUGCCCAACGUGAUUUGAUAAUGUUUAAAAUGCAUCCGCAUGUUUUUAUUUCACUGAAAUGUAUAUUGGUUAUGUAUCUUAGGUGGAAAAUAGGGUAGGCUAAAAUAAGCAUUGCUUCUACCUAUUCCUUUUUUGGUUUAAAUUCAAGUUGUUAAUAUUGUUGUUUUGUUUGAAAAGAAAAGAAAAGAAAAGAAAGGAAAGAAAGAAAGAAAGAAAGAAAGAAAGAAAGAAAGAAAGAAAUGCUGCCGUGUUGGUGGUUAGAGCUAGGGUCUGUGCACUAAACAAAAGACAACAAGAGUCCUACCAACUCACCUGCACACAAUCAUGGUGAACUUGAAGCAUUCAGUAAUAAAUUACAGAUACAUCUCAGAGGGAAGAAAAAAAGCAUUCCUGACGAACAAACAAGGUAAGAACUACACAAAUUAAAGUUAUUUCAGAUAUACUUCUAAAUUAGUCAUCUGUCCCAUUCGUUUACACACAGUGGGAGGAGCUUAAUAAUCACACUGCAGCCAAACAACAUGCUGCAUUCAAGUUAAAGAGACAAUCUGUAUUUAUAUCAAUAAUCUCUGCAAAUGUCCAUUGAACUGUUGUUAAAAAUACAUUAAAUGAUGCCCAGUUGAAAAAUAUUGGCGUCUUUGUAACAACUAACCAAAAAAUAAAAAAUUGGGUUUAAAAUACAUGGUCUAAGUAUCUGGCCGACGCCAUGUUGGACGCCAUGUUUCCUUCUACGAGAGCCCGUGAGGACAAAAUGCAUUUGCUUAUUUUUAACAAGUGUUUACAAAACUUCCACCAUUCAUAAACAUUGUUGCUUUACACAUUUACCUCUUCACUUGUUGUCAGUGAUGAAAGGGAAUCUGGUGUGUUUAUCAUUUGGCUGGAGGUUGCACUCUCAGGGAUUUUUGACCCUAAUGGCCAUCUGUAGCAAAGUUCUUGCUAAAACACAGAAAUACUGCUUGCUUGUGUGACAGUGUGAGCGUCCUGUCACAGUGUCCCGAUUGAUCAUGCGCCCUGGCUACAUGGCCAAGGGGAUGUCCCUUUGGCUGACUGGUUAGUGCGCGUGACUCUCACUUGGGAGUCUGGGGAUCGAAUCCCGCCCAGCCCCUCAUUUCUACACCUUGUCGCACUUGUAAUGAUUUAGUUAUGCACUGGCCCCUAUCGCCAGGGAAAAUACACACAGCCACUUUGUACUAUUCACUUUCAUCACUUUCAAGGCCGUUUGUUUGAUAGGUUGGGGUCGGGAGUCCACUGUGAGGGAUCCUGAGAUCAUCAUUUGAAAUCCACUCAAAUACAGUGUCCUAAAACACGUACUAUAAGAGAAGCACACAGCCAGGUUUUUGAAAAUGAAAAAAAAAAAAGCAUUACUAACACAAAAACUGCAGCUGAUUUGGCAAAUUUGUUUAUAUGUGGGCUGUGGCCUCCACACCUCUAAAUUUAUGGGUCCGCAUCUGUGCCACAGUAAAAAUCUGAACAUUUUACCAACAAAUGAAUAAUGAAAAUGGGUUAGAAGACGCUUCCCUAUCCCAUAAAUGAAUCGACUAUUCCCUGGUUGUGAUGAGAUGAAGGAAAAGUGGAGGCGGGUUUAGUCUCCUCCCUCUGCAGGAUCAGCCGCGCAGCUCUCCGUGAGUUCUCCAAACUGUUUGCAUACCAUCCUCCCCUCUAACACUGCGUGCUUGUCCAUACCGGGAUCUCGGAGCGGUGGAUUUUACGAGUUGGACGCUGUUGGGUAUGAUCCACGCCAGCGAUCAUCCCAACUGAGCAGCUUUUUUUCAAAUUGUGUUGUCUUUUGCGCAAAAGACGCACGUCCGAUACAGGCUGUUUAGUGGUAUUUUGUUUGGAGGAGCUGGUCGAGACGAGAGGUUUCGGCUUAUGAGCCCAUGAAAACAGGAGAGGAGAGGAUAGCCAGAAGAGUCGUCACCUUCAGCUGAUAAGAACAAAGAGACACUGAUGGAACUGGAGCUUGAUGCCAAACACUCCUCAGCAGACAAAGGCCAGUGUCACACCAUUAUCUGGGUUACCAUAGUGUUUAAGGACAUUGGGAAAGAUUCCAGCAAAAUUCAAAAGACAAGCUUUUGGAGAGAGAACAAACAUCUGCAAUUAAGUAAAUUGAAACUGGUUUGAUUAUGAUUGUUUUCUCUGGAAUAAAUGUCUUUGUUAGGAAAAGCUUUAUCUCCUUUUGUUUUCUUCUGUUGACAAUAUCUGUAAAACAACAUUUUUUUAUUGGCCAUACAAUUUCCAGUUUGUCAUGUAUUCCUACUGAUCUGAACUCUAUUUUCUUUAAACCCUAGGUUUCUUUUUUUUUUAAAACAAACUAGCUAACACAUUCAGUUUUAUCAACUUUAAUGCAAAUAAAACCCACUUAUCUGGUGUUCCUCAGGGCAGAAUCCUGGUGACCAUCAGUCCUUUUCACAUCAUUUAAUAGCUUAUUUAAAACAAGUAUCAAGACAUAUUUGAAUUAUUUAUUUACGAUUACCUAAAUCUGACUCCAUGUUGUUUAAGUCACACAUUUUAAUUACUUUUUCUGUCUGUUUUUAGUUUUUCUAACAUAAUCUCUGAUGAAGCAGCAACCCUAACUUUAACAACAUUCAGAUUUAUUUCUAAAUUGCUGUAAAAAAGUACUUGGCCAGACAUUUCUUCCAGUUUUUUUUUACAUGUUUGAAAUCACUAUUGAAGGUCACAAACAACCAGCUGAUAGCAGCAGAAAAUGGUGUACUCAUCCUCGUAGAACAGUAUCCUUUUAACUAUGUCAUAUCUAGUGGAAACAAUGUUUUGACUUUCUUUAAUAUCUCUUAACACCUAAUCUGGACAUUAUCUGUUCAGCUGCUACAACUUCAACUCAAACUCGGUUCACAUCAGUCAUCAGCAGUGCUCCCCAGAGCUCAAACUUAGGGUCCCCUCAAGCUUUUCCACAUCAUUUCCUACACAGUUAAUGGCUAAUAAAGAAUAGAAUAAUAUUACACAAACUUGUGGAGUAGUGUGCUAAAGUAUAAAUUAGGCUAGAAGGCAGAAGUGCAUGGAAAUACCCCCCCAACACACACACACACACACACACACACACACACACACACACACACACACACACACACACACACACACACACACACACACACACACACACACACACACACACCGAGACACGCCAGCCUCGUUGUGUAAUUAUGAAACAUUUCAUUUAGAAUUGGAUUGUAACUCAUUUUUGUGGGAAUUCCCAUAGGCCAUGUGUCAUCCUCUAAAACGCCAUGUGGGAAAAGCCCUAGCAGCUGUGCAGAAGUGUUUAUGUGUUCAUUGUGAGCUGCUACUACAUGCCCUCAGUGCUAGAUAACCAGCAGACUAAGAACUGGAGCUCCAGGGGAUCAAUGCAUCAUUGGCUUUACGCGUGGGCCCGUUAUUGAUCCUUUCUCAUGCAGCCAGUUUGUAUUUUCACUCAGCCGAAUGAAGGUGGUGAAAUAAUUAAAUAAAAGUCUCAGUUGUGGGAAAGCGACGGCUUCAAACGUAUGUUCAAUAGAGGCCAAAACCCACUUAUCUUCUCCAUAGAUCCUCUGCUGAAGUUUAAUAUCAAGAAGUUAUCAGCUCCCUUCCAGCUUAGCCAAUCUCUCUAACCUUGGAAGCUGGAAAAUUGGUUUAACGGCAGAAGUUUUAACAACAACAGUUAGUACUGAACUAACAGCUGGACAUGGGCCCAGUUGGGAUGUCAGGAAUGUGGCCUGCAGUAAUGUUGACAACACAUGGUCCGCCUGUCUCUGACUGUAUGCAUUUGUUCAUUGUGGGAGUUUUCCUGGUUAAUCAGGCUGUUAUUCAGGGGUGGAUCAGCUGCCUGGUCAGAGGACUUCUGUCUUCUGGGAUUCAUAUAAUAUCGUUCCUAAGUGAAAAGGGUCAGGAUAGUUCAGGCUCAGACAGAAACUGUUUUACAUUUGUAGCACGCAUGGGAACGACUGUAUCAAGUAAUACAUGGUGUUGCAAGAGGGAGCUUUUUCAUCACCACUCUGGGAUAUAUACAUAAUGUGAGGCUCAGUUUGCCUGUGGAGAUGCUAUUUAUUUCUGUCCACCUGAGCAUUUAGCCAGCACUACUUCCUGAACCUCCAAAGCCAUUAGUGCUUCAGCUCUGGUCACUCGCACCCACACGCACACUUUGACUCGGUUGCCUUUGAGCCACUUUUGUACACUUUCUUUUUGCAGUUGUUCAUUGUUGUUUGGAAACUCGGUGUUCCCUCCAAGCUUACAAAGCUAUGGCUGCUUUGCAUUCAGUGCACUUCAAAGCUCCUUGGUGUGACGGCACAGCCCAGGGCUCAUUCUCUCCUAAUUGGAGGUUCAUUAGGGAACAUGGCGUGCCUCAAGAGGACCUUUCUCAUUGCAAGGGGAUCUGGGGGUGUUUACUUGCAGUGGCUGAUUUAGGAAGUCAUGGAAAACUAUGAAAAUGAGUUUUUAAUUGAGAUAAAGGGUGAUGCAGCAUGUGUGUGGUCUCUUGGUGUCAUUGUUGGGGAGGCAUUAGCACAUAGAGUAUCAACCACCUGCUCCAGCUACACCAGAAAGACUGGAACAAGCAGACUAUCCCCAAGGUUCAAUUACAGGUGAUCGCUUAGAGGGUCAAUAACAUUUAAACAGGUCAAGUUUCAGCUUUUACAAUUUCAAGAGGUUUUCAGUUGUAAUGAUUAUUUGCUAUGCAGGUCCACGUUCAUCAUGGAGUGAACUGGUCUUGUGGAUGGAGGAGGGUGGCGACCGUUUGUCGAGGAACAGACAAAGCGUCCUUGCUGUGAUACAUUAGUCCAAUGGAGCAGAGGCGUAUGGAUUCACUUCAUUAAUCGUGCAGAAAGUGACAGUUUCAGGGGGGGAACCUCACAAGGAUGGGCUAUUUAUAGAAAAAGACUUUCCUUGAGGAUCUUUGUCUUUAAAUUAGAGAAGGUUGACAUAACCGUAAUGGUUUCUUGUGUAGGUGCCAAGUAAAUGGAGCUCUUGUUGUCUAUAUAAAGUGGGGGAAAUGCUUUUAGCAAUCAUUCAGAUUUCCUCAUUCGAAGAAAAAUGUAGGUCGGAUGGGUUUGUCCUCAUUACGGAGCUCUGACUCCUGUCGUUAUCGUGGAGUCACUCUUGACUCUCAUUAAUCCCACUAUCAAACUCCACCAUGCUGACAUCCUCAGCCCAAGCUGGUGAGGGAUCUCCAAGAGUAAACAAAAAUCUUCAUGCUGCAUGGCAUUUAAUGAUGUCUGCAGUAGAAUACACAGAUGGAGACGGCUGAGGCAGGAUACCUCAGACUGCCAUCUCAGUGACACACGUGCAAUCUCAUUAGUACAGUUUUCUUUGCGAUGCUUGUUUUUAUUGCUUGUUUUUUGUCAGGUCACACAGACAACUUCACACAUCUUAAAAUAUUGCUGAGUUUGCUGAACAGCACACCAGAGGAGGAUCUGCUUUAAAUCUAUGUGAAUUGUUGCAAAACUGCAGUACCUGUGAGCCGUGUUUCCCUUCUACAGAUAACACACACUGCAGAAUAUUCCAAGACCCAGUGGUCCGAUCUGUAUGGCUUGUGAUCGAUGAGGACCUACAGUCUCGUGGGAGUCAUGGGAAAGACCAGUUUGUUUACUCUGCACUUUCUCUGUGGCAGUUUGAUUUAUACAGGGCUGGUUUGCACCUUAUUAUUUGCAGCCCAGCUAGGGAAGUACAGUAUAACCCAUUUCAUUCAAUGAAAGCAAUGAAUUUUAAUGCACAGAAGAAAAUUUGCUCCACAUCUGACAGUUGGUUUGACUCUGCGAUGGAAGCAAAUGGGAGAGGCUGGAAAAUAGAUCAGGCAUUUUGUUUGGGGUUAUAAGAAGCCGGCAGACUCUUGGGAGGUUUUCCAGCCUCGCAGUUCCCUUUUCUUGAAAAUACAGUUUUCAUUCUUCUGGGCUCAGGAUUGUCGCUGGGAAUCUGUGGAGGUGAGAACAGAUAAUGCACGCUGCUUUCUGUGAGACAUUAAUUCAUGCAGAUCUCAAUUAAAAGCUACUGGGGCCUUCAUUGGGCCUUUCAGUUAGGUCUGGAAAAGGGUGGCGUUACUUAAAACCCAUCUCAGGACAGGAAGUGGUCGGUAGCUUUCAGAGUACCACUUGGAGGGUAAUCAAUAUCUUAGCAUAUCAUUAUGAUUUACAGAAAGUAUUUAAGCAUCACUCUAAAUCUUUUUUCUUGGUCCUGCAAGGAAAGGAUUGAAGGAAAAGAUAAUUCCCUCUUCUGGCUGGUGAGGAAACCAAAAGCGCUCAAUUAUUUUUUUAAAUGGGUUCUAAGGCAGACAAAGAAAGUUUUUGUAUCUCUGGUGUUGUUCAGUUUCAUUGUCACAGCAACGUUUACACAUUCUUGAUGAGACAAAUAAAAAAAGCUUUCUUUGUAUCUCACAAUACGUCGUGAUUAGUAGCAGAAUGAAGAACAAACCAAUGAAAAUGUGCAGUGAUGAAACAAAAGAUAUCAAGAAAAGGCUUUUCUUUUCACUUAGACGUUUACUUUUUAGUUUUGCAGCAGAAGCACUUAAAGCAUCCCCGUCAGUCAGGAGAGUUUUCAGAAGGCUGUGGUUUAUUUCACCUGAGUCGACUGUGCAGCGGCAGGAUGAGGGGGUCAGAGUGGAGUCACAUCUGAGUGACAGCAGAGCUGCUUCAAAAACAGACAGGAAUCAAACCUGGCACCGAUCAUAACCCAGAGUUCAUCUGUGUUCCAAAGAGGCAGGGAGAGAUUACCCAGAGGAGUCCAUUAGACGGCAGAGAGACUGUCCGGUUAUUACCAGAUUACAUUUCAUGGAUGCCUGCCAAGUUCAGACAAAAGAAGUGAAAGACAUUUUGACAUUUUUUUUCUAUUUCAAACUGGCCAGUGUGUAGCUGUUAAACCUAUUUACAAUUCCUGCGAGAAAUCACUUUCCAAUCUGCCUGUUACUGAGUCUCAAUCCUCGCCACCCAGAUGAAAAAAGCAAAUUAAUAAUCAGCCACACACAGCACAGAUAACUGCUUCUAUUAAAAAAAAAUGUAUUUUCUUCCUUCAGUGACACUAUUAGUAUUAGCUUUAUACAUAUGUAGAAAUAAAUAAAUAUGCUCAUCCUUUCUAUACCUAAACAUUUAUUUUUUGCAGCUUUAAAGGUUAAAACUAGCUAGAUGGUGCAUCAGAUGUGCAAACUCAUCAAAAAAGAGAGAAAAAAAUCAAUUAUUUGUGAGAAAUUUGCAUGUAACAACUAGCUGUUAGCUCAUGAAUCCGGUUGUCAGUGACUGCUACGCAGACUGUGCAGCAGCGUACAUUUUGACAAGAAAUUUUUAUUUAGUUAUAGUUUUAUUCUUUCAACUAAAAUAAUUUUUUAUUUAGUGACAUUUUAGUGGACUAAACAUAUUUGUACAUGUCUUUUUCUUGUGAUGCAAUAAUUUUCCACUUAUCUAAAGGUAAUCUAUAGAAUCUAAAGAAAUUAGAAGAUUUCACAUUUCACACUUUGGAUCAAUAAAACUGUAUUUGUAAUUGUUUUUAUAGCAAUUAUUAUUAGAAACAUAUCAAAAUGCACACUGACAGUUUGAAAUGGUGCCUCUCAAUAUUAAUAAAGUAAAUAAAUUGGUAUAAUGUUCAGUAAAAGUUGUAAACAUUACAGGAAAUGACAUCAUACCAUCAAAACAUUCAUUCAUGUUACUCUAAUAAUGCAAAGAGGUAAGCUAGAGGUAAGAUUUGUUUUCAAAUGUAUAUAUUAGAGUUCCCUGCACUAAUUUACCAAGGUCAGCUGCCUGAACAUUUAUCUGUGCUGCCUAAAUGUUUUUUCGUCACAAAAACAAUGCAAGUACACCGAAUGCUGGAGGUUUAGGCUGUAGCAGCACCACAAAAACUAGUGCAUUAGGUUCGGCUGCAGCAAUCCUCCCCUCUCCCGCCCCUUUUGGGUGCUACCACCGUAACACUUUUACAACCAGAGGAAAACCCGUAUGUGUAAUCACCAAGCAAAUACUUUUCAGAUGGUCACAUCUAAUCAUUUUCCUCCAAGCCCUGUGCAUUUUCUACUUUUAGACACAAAAUGUUCAACCAUCACCGGCAUGGACAUCAAUAUACGAUGUCUGUGGUUACCGGUGGCUCGUUCAAACAGCAGCCGGCUCUGGACUCUGAUUAGUUGUGUUGCCUAUCUCCAGCGGUCAAUGGGUAAUCAGGCGGGGUACACCCUGGACAGAGAGCCAGUCCAUCGCAGGGCAACACAGAGAUGCACAGGACAAGCAAUCACACACACACACACACACACACUCACACCUAGGGACAAUUUGGACAGACCAAUUAACCUAACAGUCAUGUUUUUGGACUGUGGGAGGAAGCCGGAGUACCCGGAGAGAACCCACACAUGCACAGGGAGAACAUGCAACCUCCAUGCAGAAAGCUCCCAGGCUGGGAAGCGAACCUAGGACCUUCUUGCUGCAAGGCAACAUCUGUAACCACUGCGCAGCCCAGAACUAUUUCCAAUUGUAUUAAACAAACUAUUUCUAGUACACCAUAAAGGAAUGAUUGGACUUUACAUAUACGAAGAUCCUAAACCAGUGAUCACCAAAUCCCUUCGUGGAGGGGCGGUGUCCAGCAUGUUUUUGUUGUUUCCAUAAUCCAACCCGCUUGAUUCAUUUGUUCAUCAGCUCGUCAAGCUUUGCAGGAGCCUACUAAUCACCUGGUAAAUAAAAUCAGCUGUGUUGAUGCAGGAAAAACAGUAAAACAUGCUGCAUACAUGCCCUCAUGGAAGGGAGUUGGAAAUCACUGACCUAUGCUAACCGGCAGAGCCCAAGUCUUCCUAAAUAACACCGUUUUUUAAGAACUACUUGUUUUAGCAAUUUGUGAGCAACAUCUCUGGGUCUAAAACCGGGAUCAUGUCCUAGUCUUUAAGCUCUGGUUUUGCACUUUAUUAGCUGCAGACAGGAUUUUCAGCACUCAAGACUUAUGAAACCCCUCUCUGUGAAUACAGCAGCCUCCACGAAUGCCAAUUAAACCUCAACAACGCAAAGACACGAAUGCAUGAACUGAGAUGCUGCUUUCUCUGUGCUCAUUUGAAUAUCCAUGGCUAACAUAUCCUUUGGGAUUUUAUGGGAAUGUUCUGUAGUGCUGAGUUCAAAAGUCAGCAUCCACGAUGGCACCACAGGGGUGCAUGUGUGCAGCCAUCAUUAAAGCUGAAUGGCAUACACAGCAGCUGGCCAAGCAACAACUUUUUCAAACAAGACCUUGUUUGUUUCAGCAGAAUAAACCAUUUUAUUUUUUUUUAUGUUUUUCAGCUGUAGAUGAAUCUAGGUGCUAAGCUGAUUUAAUAGCAGUCCAGGCCAGUAAACCAUUAAAAACUGUAGGUGCUUUAGAGAGAAAACGUAUAAUACAGCUGACCUCUAAUAUGCUUCAUUACUUUUGAUCAUAUAAAGUUAAGCAUAAAUGUUUUUAACAACAUUUCUGAAUUUCAACUUGUUUACUUGGAAAUCAGGUCAAAAUUAUCUCAAAUAAUUUUAUUUAAAUACUGCUUGUUAUUUUUUUGUAUCACCUUUAUAUGAGCUCAGGGUCGUGGAUACUCAUACAGUGGAGGUGUUCUUCAUUAUCUCCUAGUGCUCUGAGGACAUACUUUCAUCAAGUAAAGUGUGUUUCUGUCAGGUAGAGGGUUAGCUGAGGGGAGCUCCCAUCUUCCAUUACAUUAACAAGAGGAAGCUCUGAACUAAAGGUCAUCCCUGUUGGCUAAUGCACAAGGAGCUCCAGUCAGAACUGAUAUCCUUAAAUUACUCUUGAGUCAUGCUGGAACACCAUCUCUGAAGGAAACAAGUGUGGAUAUGGCUUCUGCUCAGAUUCUAGUUACUUUUAGGUUCAGACUGAAACGGCUGAGCAUGUGUAGUUGGAAAAUGGAAACUGAAGUUUUGAACCCGAAUUUGGAAUAUCUCAAUAACAUUUUAAGUAAUGUGACUAAUUGGCUAUUCUGAAAGAUGUUUCUGUUGCAAAGGUAUAAAUAAUUAAUGUUUUACCCUUUUUAGGUUGCUCUCUGAACAACCUCUGUUCAGAAAACUAGUUCCUUAGGACAUAUUCUGCUAGUCUAAAUGCUGCCAUCAUCAAUGCAUCAUUUGCCUCAAUGCCCAAAAGGUUAUGCAAACAUUAACUUUUUAACUUUAAUGAUUUUUGUAUUAAGGAGUAAUUUAAGGCCCAGUCUCAAUACUCGCACUUCCACCCUUGAGCCUUUCAAAUGCGCGAUCCCGACCAGGGGCGCUAGUGCUUAGGGCAGGGCUCUUCAAGUUCAGGCCUUGAGGGCCGGUAUCCGGCACGUUUUAGUGAUUUCUCUGGUCCAACACACCAGAUUGAGUGGUUGAGUCACCUAUGCAGCAGCUCAUCAGGCUCUGCAGACGUCUGUUAAUCACCUGCUGAUGGAAGUCAGAUGUGUUGAAGCGAGGUUAAAAUUAAAACAUGCUGGAUACCGGCCCAUGAGGCCUGGAAUUGAAUAGCCCUGGCGUAGGGUGUCCCAAUUCUCAAGUGCGGAAGUUGAUCACGCCCCUUUUGCACCCUUGAUCUGCACUUCACCCAAGUCCGCAGCAAUGCACACUUAGCUGAAGACCGCAGGGCGCAAUGCAAGUAUUGAGAUUGGACUCAUGAGUCAAUUGCAUCGGCAAAACGUAGCACUUCAUGGGAAUCCAGUGUCACGUUGAGAGCAGGAGGUUAGGACCCAAGAUGCAGACCCAGGAUGACACGAGGCAGGAAUGUAAAAUAAAGAGGAAUCCUUUAUUUUGGAUGACAAAAUAAAAAUCCAAAAAGGGGCAGGAGGCAAAAAAUCCAAUAACAAAAUGAAGCAGGGAUAAAUCCAAAAGCUCACUUCAUGAGCAGAGAACCAGAGACCAGGAGGGAGAGACAAGAACAACGCUGACAUAAAACAACAAUGGACCGACAAGAACAAUGAGACAAGGAGGGCUUAUACAGGUGCUGGCCAGUAAAUUAGAAUAUCAUCAAAAGGUUGAAAAUAUUUCAGUAAUUCCAUUCAAAACGUGAAACUUGUACAUUAUAUUCAUGCAAUGCACACAGACCAAUGUAUUUCCAAUGUUCAUUACAUUUAAAUUUGAUAUUCAUAAGUGACAACUAAUGAAAACUCCAAAUUUGGUAUCUCAAAAAAUUAGAAUAUUCUGAAAAGGCUGAAUAUAGAAGACACCUGCUGCCACUCUAAUCAGCUGAUUUACUCAAAACACCUGCAAAGGCCUUUAAAAGGUCCCUCAGUCUUGUUUUGAAGGCACCACAAUCAUGGGGAAGACUUCUGAUUUAACAGCUGUCCAAAAGACAAUCAUUGACACCUUGCACAAGGAGGGCAAGACACAAAAGGUGAUUGCUAAAGAAGCUGGCUGUUCGCAGAGCUCUGUGUCCAAGCACAUUAACAGACAGGCGAAGGGACGGAAAAAAUGUGGUAGAAAAAAGUGUACAAGCUCUAGGGAUAACCGCACCCUGCAGAGAAUUGUGACGACAAACCCAUUCAAAAAUGUGGGGGAGAUCCACAAAGAGUGGACUGCAGCUGGAGUCAGCGCUUCAAGAACCACCACGAGGAGACUCAUGAAAGACAUGGGAUUCAGGUGUCGCAUUCCGUGUGUCAAGCCACUCUUGAACAUGAAACAGCGCAAGAAGCGUCUCGCCUGGGCCAAGGACAAAAAGGACUGGACUGAUGCUGAGUGGUCCAAAGUUAUGUUUUCUGAUGAAAGCAAGUUCUGCAUUUCCUUUGGAAAUCAAGGACCCAGAGUCUGGAGGAAGAGCGGAGAAGCACAGAAUCCACGUUGCAUGAGGUCCAGUGUAAAGUUUCCACCGUCAGUGAUGGUGUGGGGUGCCAUGUCAUCUGCCGGUGUUGGCCCACUCUGUUUCCUGAGGUCCAGGGUCAAUGCAGCCGUCUACCAGGAAGUUUUAGAGCACUUCAUGCUUCCUGCUGCUGACCAACUUUAUGGGGAUGCAGACUUCACCUUUCAACAGGACUUGGCACCUGCACACAGUGCCAAAACCACCAGCACCUGGUUCAAGGACCAUGGUAUCCCUGUCCUUGAUUGGCCAGCAAACUCGCCUGACCUUAACCCCAUAGAAAAUCUAUGGGGUAUUGUGAAGCGGAGGAUGCAAUACGCUAGACCCAACAAUGCAGAGGAGCUGAAGACGACUAUCAGAGCAACCUGGGCUCUCAUAACACCUGAGCAGUGCCACAGACUGAUCGAGUCCAUGCCACGCCGCAUUACUGCAGUUAUUGAGGCAAAAGGAGCCCCGACUAAGUAUUGAGUGCUAUACAUGCACAUUCUUUUCAUGUUCAUUCUUUUCAGUUGGCCAACAUUAGAGAAACAAACAUUUUUUCAUUGGCCUUUAGAAUAUUCUAAUUUUCUGAGAUACCAGAUUUGAUGUUUUCAUUGGUUGUCACCUAUAAAUAUCAAAAUUAAACGUAAUAAACAUCGGAAAUACAUUGGUCUGUGUGCAUUGCAUGAAUAUAAUGUACAAGUUUCACGUUUUGAAUGGAAUUACUGAAAUAUUUUCAACCUUUUGAUGAUAUUCUAAUUUACUGGCCAGCACCUGUAUAGACAGGGAGGAGCAAUUAGGGAAACAGGAAGCAGGUGUGUGGAGUGAGGCUGGAGGGAAGGCAGGUGACAACAAUUAUCUGGAUGGGGAAGCGAACCAGUGGAGGGCAGAUAAACCUAACACUAUAUAAAACACAAAACUAAACCUAAAGACUAAGGGAAGGACUCACACAAACACAUACACAUACUGACACACACAAACUCAUACACACAUACAAUGAACUGGGGAACAAGAGGUUGGGGCUACAACUUAAGACACACAACAGAGAUGCAGACAAAGGACACAUGAGGGCGCUAAGAGAGCACAAAAGGAGAACCUGGAGUGGGAACUGGAGGAGCUGGGGAAGAAAGGGACACAGAACAUGACAUCCAGGGGUCAAAUUCUGCAAGCAUUUCCUUAUAUUUCUGCCAAAAUAAACACAUAACACAAAACUGAUGACAAUCAAGUCUAAUGCACAGAAGAGAAAAUAUUUGCAUGAAAAGCUUUGAGAGUUAAACAGUUUUUACACAACUGCACUCCAACUAGCUGUUAGCUCAUCAAUCCUGCUGGAUGAAAACUCUUUUUCUCUGAACCUAUUCAAGAGUUGAUUUAUUUAAAACUUUUGCGCAGAUACUGACCUUAUAAUUGCUGAAAUAUUGAUUAUAUAUCAUAUACGUGUCAAUUCUGACCCGGAUCCAU